GACGUCGUAGUAGAGUUUGAUAUUUCGCUCUUUUACUCGCCUCCUCAGCUGCCUAAGGUUCGCAUUUCUCACGUUUCCAGAGAGGAAAAGAGAGGCCAAAAGAAAAGUGUCUUCCCAUUUGCACCCAAGAGAGAGGCUACUUAUCGAAAUGGCGGCGGUGAGAGGAGCUUUGCUAAAGCACUUGAGGGUGAACGCAACGCCCCUUGCCCGUAACCCUAACCCUACCAGUCACGGGCUCUUUGCUCUUACCUUCAACGCUAUAAGCCGCCGUUUCUCCGACGAGGUCAAGGGCUCCUUCCUCGACAAAUCUGAAGUCACCGAUCGCGUCAUCUCCGUCGUCAAAAACUUCCAGAAAGUUGAUCCUUCCAAGGUUACACCAAGUGCGCAUUUUCAAAAUGAUCUUGGAUUGGAUAGUUUAGACACUGUGGAGGUUGUCAUGUCCCUUGAAGAAGAAUUUGGGUUCGAGAUUCCUGAUAAUGAGGCAGACAAGAUCAGCACAAUCAAUCUUGCUGUUGAGUUCAUUGCUUCUCACCCUCAGGCAAAGUAGGUGGGAAAUUACGAAGCUCUACUCUUUAUAUUUUGUUUUCACUUUGUUCCUGUGAGAUCAAGAGCUGCAUUAGGAGAAUUAUGGGAUCUUCCCACCUAGGCUAAUGUCAGUAGUGCCCUUUGAUUUCCAGUUCCUAUUGAGGAGGAUUAUUUUGGAUAUUUGCUGCUUCAAUGCUGCUGUUCCAGUUCAUAAAAUGUAACUUUUUGCUGAGAAAAAGGAUUGUUUCUUUUAUUUCCUCAAUAAUAUUUUCACUUUAACCAAUAAA